ACAGACCUCGGCUACAUUGGUCGAGCUCAUUCUUUCACGGUCAAUUAAUCUUUACCCUGCUUGGAAAGAAGGAGCUCUGCAGGCUGUGGCGUUGUCGCAGCAUUUGAGAACCAAAGGGAGUGGCCAUACACCUGUUUGACCUGUUUUGGGCCACAUGAGCGAGGAAUUUUUCCUGCGAUCUUGUCCCACGGCUGAACAAUCGCCUUUGAAUCCCGACAACGAUGUCUGCUCCUGCUGAUCCGGCGGCGGCUGCUACGACGUUCCCUACUCCAUCUAUUUCUUUACCUGUUGGACUUGAAAUAUUGCGAACGUAUUCGGGGGCGCUUGUGUGCUUGGAAAUUCUGCUUGGAGCACUAGUAUGGAUUCUGGUGGCAUCUUCCAACGUACCAGUGCCAUUGUUGCAGGGCUGGGUGAUGUUUGUCUCCAUUUGCAUGUUUGUCUGCUCCACGGCUUACCUCAUUGUCUUUCUCCUGGGCCUUGCUGAUAGGAUCAAUACUGACUGGAAUUUCCUGGAUUUGGCCUACCACUUCAUUGCACUGCUCUUCUAUUUCGGAGCCUUUGUGCUUGAGGCUGCGACCACCGCAGGGAGCGGCAGCUCAACCCGCUUCCCCAACGGGACCGUGUGCGCGGCGGCGUCGAGUGGGAAUAUCGUCACCUUCAUGGACGGGCGGCAGUACAGUAUUAACGUAGCGGCUACAAUAUUCGCAUUCUUGGUGACGCUAUGCUACGGCUGCAGCAUGUUCAUGGGCUUCAAAAGAUGGCGACUGUACCGCUGAUGGUGCAUUAUGGGAAUGAACAGGAGCUAUGGAAAUGGUGUUAUUACAGAUAGAAUUUGAGCCGUACUGUAUUGAACAAAGAUGUUUAUAAUCAUUAGUUUUUAUUUGCUGUUAACACGAUUUGUAUUCAGAAAAUUUGAGUUAUCACUAUCUUUUAUUUGUAGCACUGAAUUUAUAUUAUUUGUUGUUCUUAGAAUUAGAAUAUGUGCACAGAGAAAAUGUAAGGAGACAGCUAUUGGAUUAUGUCGCGACUAGUCUUGCUUUCCAUGUAGAAUUCCAUAUAACCUGUAUUGAGUAUACAGAUCUAACACUUCCUGUGAACUUGCCAUCAUAUUUAUUAGGAUUAUAGUCAAAUGGUAAGGCCAUCGGAUCUAUGUGAUUGCGCUGAUGUUUGAAUGUUUAUGUUGAAUGUUGUUUUCAUGGUUAACAGACAAUCACCGACCAUGUCAUUGGUGUUUUUGGUUCAGAAUUCCGGUCAAUGUAGUGUGUUAAAUUAUAUUUGUGUGUGCCAUUUAUUUUUUAAUUGUUUGUAACAACGUGCUUGAGGAAACAUUUUCCUGCUUGAAUUCCUGCUUUUUUUUUAAAGAAACUUUUUCAAUGCACUGCAAUUUGUUUUCACAUUUUAAUAGCAUGGCCCCAGGCCAAAAUAUCACAUGAUAAAAACUGAUUUGUAAAAUGUAUUAUAUUUUUCAAUAUUUUUUAUUAACUGGUGAUAAAGGUUGCCGUUACUAUUCACAGGAUCAAUUAGGAGGUAGUAAAAAGGGGAAUCUUAAUGGAAAAAUUAAGGUAUUGAAUUCUGUCCACUGUCUACCUCUCAAUACAGGUUCUUUCCGCCUCUCAUUUAUAUUCAGAAAAACUCACAUACCAAGUUCUCUCUUCAUAGCAGACAAAGAUCAAUAAAGUUAGACAUAUAUUUAACAUGCCUAAAUAAAGAUAAUAUCAAUAUGCAUUGAAAAAAUCUCUCCAUCUACAAUGAGCUUUCACCCCCAACACAACCUUAAGCUCCAAUUCUACUGAGCAGGCAGUUGUGCUGUUGUUAUUUCUGAGUUAUGGGAUUGUUCCACGGAAAAUGUCUUUUUUCAUAAAAAUGUAUUUUUAAUUAUAAUUUUAUUCAAAAUCCAA